UUCUCUGCAAUGCCUCGCCGCUGUACAGAACGUCGGCAGUUCUCUCCUCCACGCUAUUUCUCAACCUAAAACCCUAACUAUACAAGACCCCUAUAAACUGGGGGCGAAGAUGGAGGAUGAGAGGCAGAGCAUAUACAGAGUUUCCAGAACCAUAAAGCGGCGAGAGAACACGCUGUACAACGCUCUACGAUCGAUCUACGAAGACUCCAUUUUCGUGGGAGAGAUUUCGGAGCUAUGGCCGGGCCUUCCCCUCCUUGCCAACCUCCGAUGCGGCCUCUGGUACUCCCCCAAAUUCCAUUCUUCUUGUUACUUCAAAUCCACCGACGGCCACACCAACAACUGCUCGUUCAGCACCUCUCGCCUCAAUCUCCACGUCGCCCUCCUUGCCGGACAGAAAGGGGGUUGUAUUAUUGUGGAUUCGACUCGGAAAGGGAAGCGGUUUCCGGACAGCAUGUCGAAGACGAUACCCAUUUGGGCGUGCGUUCUGAAUCGAGCUAUUGCCAAUUACUCUAACAGAAUGCGUAAAAAUGGCACUGUACUGGUGGGGGAAUUGUAUACUUCUAAUCAAGAUGCAAAAACUUCAGUACACAUGUCUUAUGAUUGGGAUUGUUCUUUGCAUCUUCCCCUCUGGGUUUCCAAAACAGAGAAAGCAGCUAUUGAGGAUUGUUUAGAAAAAUGGACCAAACAGUUGGAAGCCAGUGGUGCGGAUAUUGCCUCCCUUGCGUUAUUGCUGAAGAAGCCCUUAUGCCCUCUAUGGAUUUCCCAAAGAACUGUAAUCUGGUUAAACGAGGUACCUGACUAUGAUUCAUGGGAUUUCACUCCAAUCAUACUCGUCUCUGCAUCCUCCUCAAAUGGCAUUGUUCAACAUAGGACAACUUCAGAGUUUAGCUGGAAUUAUAUAUCGGGGGCUGGAGAUGAUGAAGAAAGCUGGGCAAGGGGCUUAUCACCUAACCUUUUCUGGAAUCAUGCCUUCGAUCUCAUUGCCUCAGGGCCUGAUUUGUGUAACCAGAAGGUUGCCGAUAUAGUUGAAAAAGAUAGAGUAUAUCAUGCUCAGAGGGGACAGAAUGCCCCUCAGGUAUCUGUCAGGCCUUCAAAGUUGUUAGGGACCACUAGCCAACUUUCGGUCGAAGAACAGCGACAACACUUCGGGAUUUCAAACAUUAGAACUGAUGCGAAAUCAUUUAUCGAAGAUGCUGCAAUUUAUUGGUUGGGUUCAACUAAUCUUGCAGUGGGAUCAACUGGAGUUGCUGCAAAUGUGACUAAUGUUGAUUGCAUAUUGAACUGUGACCGGGAGCUGGUCCAAACCUGUCUUUCAAAUGCUGACACACACUUGCAUCUUCUGAUUGUGACCUCAAAAUUUGACCGGUUUUCCUUGCUAAGCAAUCUCCCCGCUGCGCUAGACUUUGCUAGGUUGAACCUGAGCAAAGGAAAACGUCUUUUGGUUUGCUGUCAUAAUGGGGAAGAUAUCAGUGUGUGUGUUUGUCUAGCGAUCUUCACAUCGUUAUUCAAUGAUGGAGGAACCUUUGAUGAUGGGAAAUCCUUCAAUGAGACAUGUAUUACAAAGUGGGAGAUGAGACGGCGACUAGUAUUUAUAUGCAGAUAUGCAAUAAAGGCCCGACCUUCUAGAGGAAAUCUGAAGCAGGUCUUUAGUUUUCUUUCUGGUGGAAGAGCCAGUUCAGUCUUGUGAAAAUAAUAUAUAUAAUCACAAAGUGCUCUGCCAGAAACAUUAACAUUGUAUCUUCCAGAAGUUAUGGAAGCCGGUGCUGCGAGGAAGAACAGAUAGAACAGAAUUAUGAUGGAUCUGUGCUGAAGUUUCUGGGACUGCAAGCCUGCAACUCUAUUUCACUGCCAGCCCAACUCCAUUUUGCAUGCACAAGUGAAUCCAGCAGGUUAUUAGAUUGUGCUUUUUGGGUAAGCCAAGACCAAGAGCAUUUUGUUGAAUGUAUCUUUAUAUUGAAAUGUUGUUACAAACUGUUAAUUUAUUAAUUGUUCAAGGUACUAUAAAAUGUGAGGGGAUGAUGUAUACUACGGAAUUGAUGCUAUCACUAUUUUGAUUAAUUGAUCCCCAUUUUUGUCA